AAACUCUCAUCUCCCCUCGGUCCUCUCACAAGCGACGUGUUGACUCUCCCCUCUCGCAGCGGUCAGCCACUUGUGACGGACGGCUUAUUGAUCCGAGGAUCUGGACAUUCCUUGCCUGUCUGUGGAACAAGAAGCUUUGUUUGAGCAAAUCAGGUUUUCCUGAGAAGACAAGAGGCAGGGAAACAAAGAUCCUGCGAGUUUAGACGACCCGAAGAAUGGUGAGAAGCUCAGAUUGGCAUCAGGUCUUCUGGGUGCUGCAGGAUCUGACUCCUCCUUGAGAUUACAUUUUGAUCUUAAAUUCAGCAGGAAAAGAUGGAGCAGGAUUUGGAGUUUUGAAGAGGAAGUAUGAACACCGUAAGGAAAAACAAAAAUCCAUGGAAGCUUUAUGAGACAGAAGUGGCACACAGCAGGAUUUGUGAUCCAGCCUGUGGAGUGAGUCCAGCAGAGAAACUGACCCCCGAGCACCUGCAGCUGCUGAGAAAUGCAUUUACCCGUCAACAAAAUGGAGGACAGAUACAUGAAGACAGGCCGAAAGUACAGAGUGUGAGGAACAGAGGAGGAAAUGAAAAGAGGGGAAUGAAGUUAGAAGAGUUUCAGGAGGUUAUGAGGUCUGUGGUGGGUCCAGAUGUUGAGGACACAUGGGUCGAGAGGUUCUUCAGCGAGGUAGAUAUCAGCUGUACGGGGCAGGUGAGGUGGCAGCAGCUCUGUUCCUACCUGCUGCUGGAGUUCACUGAGAGGGAGCGAGCCUCCAUCCCCAGAGCCGCUCUGCUGGACUCCCAGUCGCUGAUCAGACACUGCUCCCACAACAAGGUACAAAUCCCCCGGCUGCUGAUACCUGGUGAAAAGAGGAGAGAAGGUGCACAUUUGUACCGCGCUUCAGUAUUUAACAAUUACACCGGAUGGCCAGAUGGGGGCGCCACAAUUCAGCGGGAGCCAACAGUGCGCUUAGUUGCCGUCUCCCACCCUCCUCCCCUGCGCUACAUUAGUGUCAGUAAAGGAGGUCAGAUCAGUGUCUGGAGCAGCAGCCUACACAUCCUCAAGACGCUCGGGCUGGCAGGAGACCCUACAGAGGAAGUGGCCAGCACGAGGCGAUUCAGAGGCUGGACCUCUGAUGCCGUCUAUAUGGGAAACGUACACAAGGUUGCCAUAGCUACUGACUGCAGGGACUUGCACUUUAUAAAUGUCUCCACUGGAAAUGUGUUUCAGGACGCCCACCUUUUUGGGUUUCGGAGUGUCCCCACGGCUCUUUGUUACUGGCAGGAUGCUCAGUCUCCAGAGCAACCCUCUUUGCUGCUCAUGGGGGAUGAAAAAGGAGGCGUCCACCUCCUGUGGUUCCUGAAUCCAUCCAAAGGUCUCUUCAAGAGUCCGUCCAAGGCAGAGAGCGGCCCACAGAGGAUCUUCUUCCCAGACCUCAGUGAGCACAGCAGCAUGGUGUCAUACCGUCACAUCCCCAACGUCCACCAGGAGCCGAUCACCAGAGUGAUGUUUGAGCCCGGCACCAACGUCAUCAUGACAUCAUCAGAGAGUGACAACACCUCUGUGGUUUUUAUAAACGUGACACUGACGCAGGAGCCUUACAUCUGGAAAGUUAAGCAGGGCGCUAAAUGCUUCGACUACGAUGCGUCUCUGCAGCUGAUGGUGACCGGAGGUUGCGAUCGAGCGGUCAGACUGUGGACUCGUUUCAUCACCUCGCGUCCUGUAGCCGCGCUGUUCGGUCACCGCACCGCUGUGCUGGAUGUCGCAAUCUACCAACCUGUUGGGCAGAUCCUCAGCUACUCCAGAGAUGCUGAGCUGAGGGUUUGGGACAUUUCCAGCCAUCACUGUCUGAAGAGCGUCGUCCUGCAGUUCCCCUGCCAGCAGCCGGGUCGAAUCCCCGAACACGGGAACUUCCCCUUCCUGUUGCUGAGCCCCCCUCUCACUGAGCAGCCUCUUUUACUGGUGGCAUGCAAAGAUAACCUAGCUGUGCUCAGUCUGUCUAACACAAGGAGAGGAGGGGGCGGGUGGUUGACAGAUGAAGGAAGGGAACCUGGACUAAACUUUAGUAGUGGUCCCGCCCUCUCCUGUGCUGUGUACAACCCCGCUUUGAGACAGGUGGCGACGGGACAUGAAGACUCAUCCGUGUCUCUGUGGGACGUGGAGACGGGGAGGAGGCGGCUUCAGAUCCUAAACGCUCACGGAGAAGAGGAGAUCACCUGCAUGGCACUAGACUCCUCCCACAGAAGACUGAUCACUGGGGCGCGCAAUGGCACUAUUAAGGUGUGGAACUUACUUAACGGCCUCAACCUGCACAAAUUGGAGCCCGUCGACACCUCCGAAGUCACCGGGUUGACCUGUCUCCAUGACAACCAGCUGCUGGCAGUGGGAUGGAGCCGGCGGGUCGCUCAGUACGACAUCGCAGCUGCAAAGGAUUUGUAUGUGAAAGCAGACAUGUCUUGGAAGUCCAGCGGUGUCCACAAAUCUGACAUCCUGGCUGUGUGUCAGUGCUCUGCUCUGGGGGUCAUCGCCACAGGAAGCUAUGAUGGAGACGUCAUUAUCUGGAGGCUGGAGACACAGGGACCAGUGCUUCACCUGCAGAGAACCACACAGGCAGGAGCGGGGCCCCCUGUGGACGGCCUGCUGUUCCUGCAGCACCGAGCUGGCAACAGAAAAUUGAGAAACAGAGGCGUCCUGGUGUCAUCGCAGGCCGGCUGUCUCUGCUUCUGGAGCAUCACCGGACAGACACACACCUAUGGCCAGUUUUACGCUCCAGAGCAGCCUGGUGAGCGUGUGCUGAGCCUGAGCUCGGAUCAGCCUCAAAACACCAUCCUGGUCUCUGGAGAUACAACGGGCUGGCUUCAGAUCUGGGACAUCAGUGACUAUGGACUGGACAUCCAACAUGAUGUGAAUCCAGUGUGUGAGCGGCCUCCUCUGCUGCAGCGCUGGAGAGCUCAUGAGAGAGCGUUAGUGAGCAUGGAUGUCCUCGAGGUGACCGGCAGGUUGUUCGUCCUCACAGCCUCAGCUGACGGCUCUGCUGGACUGUGGACAAAGGAGGGAGAUCAUGUGGGUUUCUUCGGACAGGAAGUGAUUUGGAAUAUCUCUGACCCAGAGACUUAUCAAAGAAAGGCUCAAAGGAAACUGACAGAAGACACAGAGGACAGUACUGAGAGGGACGAAAUGGGGAUCAAAGGUGAAGUACCUGGACACGCCUUCAGGGAUCAAGCAUCACAGGAGGAAUGCUGCUCUCAAGCUUCACUGACCAGCCUGGCAGAGAAUGACCGCAAGCCACCUCAGCAACCCAUGGUAACCUGCAAACACACAAUCAGCAGCCGAUGAGUGUAAACACUUGUCCUUCCCAUCUCAACGGCCCUCUUUCCUUCGACCCACCAAUGCAUCCAACCAUCAAAUGUGUGUGUCAGUAUCUGUGCAAUGACUUCUGACACGUGGUAGCUUCGUGUCACAAGAGGAAACGAGACAGAUCACUGCUAAUUGGCUGUUUUCGUCCCCAAGUGACGGAUUCACAGACACAGGGUCAUUGUUCUUCCCUACUCAAUACAUGUUCUAAUGGACUGCAAAAAGAAAUCAUCUAUAAUUAAGAUUGUAUUGCACUGCUCUUGUCUGAAUUCAUCCAAAUCAAUUAAACAGUUUGACAUUUUGCAAAAAGUGAUAUCUGCUUUCUUGCUUCUUCAAUCAGACGAUUUAUUCCUUGCUUAUGUUUGUACGUUAAAUAUGAAGCUAGUCUGCAGCCAAAUAGCUUAGCU